CGAGGUAAGAUAAAAUCAUGUGUCUAAUAGACAACAUACACCACUGACAUACACAGACAUGUACAACAUACACAGACAAAAUUCAACACGUCCGUAAUGCUCGGAGCAUUAGAAUGGAUUCGGGUGAGAAAGUGCAAGAGUCUUUCCCUUGGAAGCACUGCCACUACAGGCUGUUUAAUUGCGAGGUGAGAUAUCCCGACAUGUCGACGUCUCCUGUCGUGCUCGCAGCGACCACCAAACAAACCGCAACUAUCAUAUUCCUCCAUGGUCUUGGAGACACAGGACAUGGCUGGGCAAGUGCGAUCGGUGCUAUUAGGCCACCUUUUGCAAAAGUCAUCUGUCCGACUGCGCCUACAAUGCCAGUUACAUGGAACAACGGUUUUAAAAUGCCUUCUUGGUUUGAUUUAAAAGCACUUGACGCUUCGACUGACGAGGAUGAGGCUGGUAUUAAAAAAGCUGCUGAAAACAUCCACCAGAUAAUUCAUGCUGAAGAGCAAGCAGGAAUAAAUUCGACAAGAAUUGUAAUUGGUGGUUUUUCGCAAGGAGGAGCGCUUGCGCUUUAUUCAGCGUUCACUUAUAAAAAACCGCUUGGAGGUGUGAUGGCACUUUCUUGUUGGCUUCCACUCCACAAACAAUUCCCCCGGCUGGCUGUUGGGAAUAAAGCAACUCCUAUCCUACAAGCACACGGCGACUGUGACCCCCUCGUUCAGUACAAAUGGGGGCAAAUGACUGCAUCUGUCUUAAAACAACUAAACUCCAAUGUCGAAUUCAAGACAUACAAGGGUCUCGGACAUUCAUCCAACGAAGAUGAAAUGGCAGACCUUAAAUCAUUUGUUGAAAAAAUUCUAGUGGAGUAAAUUUUCCUUUCAUUUUUGCCUUUUGAUCUUACAAAAAGCAACAGGGGAAACAUUCAAAUAAUGAAAAAUAAUUGGGUCAGAAAAACAAGAUAAUCAUCAUUUAUUAAAAGGAUCCCUAGGGACUAGUAGAAUACGUUUCAAAACAUCAUUUCAUUUCUAUUUAAGCAUUAGAGCAAAAUUAUAGAAGCAGUGUUUGUUUUCUAGUCAAAUACAUUCCCUUCCACUGUAAAUCUAAGCACAUUACAUUAAAUGUUCUGAAUUAUUAUGAUAUUACUUAUAAAUUAUAAUAUGAAAGCUCUGUCUUCUUUUAAGCAAUAAUAUCUAAAUGAGUGAAAGCGAAACGCUUUAGAAAUAUGUAAAUAAUUCCAAAAUUUCAUCAUUUAGAGGAUCACAUGUUAUCUAUUAAAACAAAAUGUUAUAAACCUAAAUUGAACUUCUUUAGUUUAUAUUUUUUCAAAAUAAAUUUAACGGUAGG